CACUCCCUCCAGCGGUCGGCGCCUUUUCGCACGCAAUUGCCGAAAUAAACGCUCUACACAGUUGUCAUCGUCGCACCAUUUGCUUGCCUCUAACUAUGCCUCCAUCGGCAAUCCGUCAAAUCUCUACCUGCACCAUCCACGCACGGCGCAUGCUAGCACAAACAGCCCCGCAACGCUGUGAGCUGACGCCUUGGGAUGUCUCUUUGCUCCCUCUCCGCUACAUCCAAAAGGGUCUCCUCUUCCACAGACCCCACUCAUCAGACAGUCAAGAAGAAGAGCCCAUCACCGUCAUCAUCGACCGACUGAAACACUCCCUCUCUCACGUGCUUGCCCACUUCUCACCCCUCGCCGGCCGCCUCGUAUUCGAAAACGACGGCUCUUCUUCUUCCCAUGUCUUCAUAGACUGUAACGACGCAGGAGCCGAAUUCAUCCACGCCGUUGCUGAUUUAAGCGUGGCCCCCCUCCUUUCCCCGAUCGACGUGCACCCCAUCGUCGAAUCCUUCUUCCCACUCACCGGAGCCGUCAACUGUGACGGAAUCUCUCUGCCGUUGCUUGCAGUGCAGUUAACGGAACUAACGGACGGCUUCUUCCUCGGCUGCUCUUUCAGCCACGUAGUCGGCGACGGCGCUUCCUUCUGGCAUUUCUUGAAUAUCUGGUCUGAGAUCUGCAGAUCCAAUAUCUCGGCAGAAAAUGGAUCUCUCGUAAAUAUCUCACGCCCCCCAGUCGUCCAGCGCUGGUCGCCUUCGGAAAAACCAUAUCGUGUCUCUCUCCCAUUUUCUCGCCCAGAUGAAUUUAUCGAGAGAGUUUCACUUCCGCUUCUCCGCGACCGGUUCUUCCAUUUCACACCACAGUCAAUCGCGCGACUCAAAACGAAAGCCAACGAGGAAUGCAAGACUGAUAGGAUCUCGUCCUUUCAGGCCUUAUCUGCACACGUGUGGAGAUCUGUAGUUCGUGCGAGGAACUUGCCCGCCGAUCAGAGCACAAGCUGUAGGUUCUCUGUCGAUAACAGAUCGAGACUGAAACCGCCUCUGUCACGGGACUAUCUCGGAAACUGUAUUCAAGGGAUUAGAGCGACGACCACAGCAGGUGAGCUGCUGGCCCACGAUUUGGGGUGGGCCGCGUGGCUAGUGCACCGUUGUGUGGCGGAGCACAGUGAUGAUGUAGCCCGCAGCACGUACGAUGCAUGGUCCAGAGAGCCAUUCUUUUACUAUUUCAGCAGGUUGAACAACUGUGACAUUCAGAUCGGGAGCUCUCCGAGGUUCGAUGUGUACGGUGUGGAUUUCGGAUGGGGAAGGGCAGUCGCCGUACGGUGCGGCUGGGAUAAUAAGUUGGAUGGAAAGGUGACUGCGUUUCCAGGAAGGGAAGGCGGAGGGAGCAUCGACCUGGAACUCUGUCUUGCGCCAGAGGUUAUGUGCGCACUCGAGACCGAUGAGGAGUUCAUGGAUACCGUUUCUUCCGACUCUGUUAUUUAGCUGUGAAAUGAUCCACUGGCGUCUUCUCGUCUCCGAUACAAUCUGCCUUCCGAUGCAAGGGUACGGUUGAUCGAUCAUGGCCAUCAAUUAGGGAUUAGGUAUUGAGUCUAGCACAAUAACAUAGAAAGCAUCUUGCGUUUGGUGCGGUAGAAUGUUCCCGAAAGCAUGUUCUUACAAGCCUUGCCACUCGGUCAAAAUCAUGUUUUCUUAUCUCCGUUAGUCAUAUCUCAUCUUUAUUUUUGCUUAA